AUGGCCAGCGGCAGCGGAGGACCUCGGACAGAGAGUCCAUUUAUCAUAGAGCAUGACGAGGACUCGGUGUUGGACCAUGAGCUGGUUGACGACGCCAUCGAAGCUGAUGAUCCGCUGGGCUCGACGACUGACCGUACACCGUUAACUGGAAACAUUUCAUCAUCUUCGGCUGCCGGAGGAGCUUCGCGAAAUCCCGUAUCCAGCUCAUACCUCACUUCAUCCAUACCCGGAGAGGACCGCCGUGCACCACAAAAUACAAUUGAUGAGUCUGUUUGGGAUACGCUCUCCCGGGAUCUCCUAGCAGUAUGGGAGAAGAUGAGACAAGUUCUUUGGCCACAAUACCUACUCGGUGGAAUGAUGAUGCGCGGAGGCGGAGGUAGUGGAGGAUCCGCGGAACGAGGAGAGGCAACAGGAUUUGGCAGCGAGAGUAUUGGGGCUCUGCGCGGACUCGUGAGCAGACUGCCAGAUGCAGAUGUCGUCCUGCAAGGUGGGAUGAGUGAAGGGCUUAGAAACUGGGAUCUUUGGGGCCCAUUAAUUUUCUGUCUUUUGUUGAGUAUGUUCCUUUCAAUGGGCAAGGGUGACCAGUCAAGCCUUGUCUUUUCAGGAGUAUUCUGCAUCGUGUGGAUUGGUGAAGCUGUUGUCACUCUGCAGAUCAAGCUGCUCGGUGGGAAUAUGUAA